GAUUUUGUUUCAGUCGACAAACUCCCGCCAGGAUUUCCCCAAAUCACGCAAUCACCGGCGACAAACAAAGUCGUGGAAAUCGGCCAUAACACCGUCCUGAAGUGCGAGGCGACGGGAAAUCCCCCGCCGAAAAUAAUUUGGUUGAAAAAUAUGCUUCCAAUCAAUAUCACCAGUCCCAGGUCAAGGUAUUCCACCAGAGACGACAUGCCAGGCGCACUUCAGAUUCUCUCGAGUGAAGAAAAGGAUCACGGGAAGUAUGAAUGCGUCGCCGAAAAUUCGAUUGGAACGGAUUAUUCGAAACACUCGCUGCUUUACGUUAAAGUUCGGCGAGUUCCACCUCAAUUUUCCAUUCCUCCCCCAACAAUGAGCGAAGUCAAAUUGGGUGAUGACCUUAAUUUGACUUGUGUGGCUGUAGGUUCCCCGAUGCCAUUUGUAAAAUGGCGUAAAGGGUUAACACAAGAACUUACUCCUGAAGAUAAACUGCCCGUGGGAAAGAAUACUCUUGAACUCACCAAUAUUCAGGAGUCAGCCAACUAUACAUGCAUCGCGGCCAGUGCUUUGGGGGUCAUCGAAGCCUUGGCACAAGUUAAAGUACAAUCUUUACCUGGACCACCAACAAAUGUAAAAGUAUCUGAAAUCACAGCUACUUCUGUAAGACUCACUUGGUCUUAUAAUGGUCCAGAGGACUUGCAAUACUAUGUUAUCCAGUUUAAGCCCAAAUAUGCCAACCAGGCUUACAGUGAAAUCAGUGGUAUUAUCACCAUGUACUAUUCUGUUAGGAACCUGAGCCCCUACACAGAAUAUGAAAUGUUUGUGAUUGCUGUUAACAGCAUAGGUAGGGGACCUACUAGUGCACCUGCCGUUGUUACUACUGGAGAAACUGCUGCUUCUUCUUUUGGAGGUGCCAAACCUGGAACUGCCCCUAGAAAUGUACAAGUACGACCUCUGAGUUCAAGUACUAUGGUUAUACAGUGGGAUGAGCCUGAGACGCCUAACGGGCAAGUUACGGGCUACAAAGUAUAUUACACAACAAAUGCUCAACAACCCAUGGCUCAGUGGGAAUCCCAAGUAGUGGACAAUAACCAGUUGACUACUAUCAGUGAGUUAACUCCUCAUACUAUCUAUACGAUUCGUGUCCAGGCCUAUACCUCAGUUGGUCCCGGACCCUUGAGCGCACCAGUUCACGUCAAGACCCAGCAAGGUGUUCCAAGCCAACCAAGCAACCUCCGUACCUCGGACAUCGGCGAAACAUCAGUCGUUCUUCAAUGGACGAAACCCAGUCAUUCCGGAGAAAACAUAGUUAGCUAUGAGCUGUAUUGGAACGACACUUACGCCAAGGAAAAGCACCACCGGCGUAUACCGAUCUCGGAAUCUUACACUCUAUCAGGUCUAUAUCCGAACACACUGUAUUAUGUGUGGUUGGCAGCUCGCUCCCAAAGAGGAGAGGGGGCGACCACCCCUCCUAUACCCGUGAGAACGAAACAAUAUGUACCCGGAGCACCACCGACCAACGUAAUCGGAGAAGCGGUAAGUCCCACGUCGAUCAAUGUCACGUGGGACCCCCCACCUGCGAACCGUACCAAUGGCAAUAUCAUUUACUACAAGCUGCAGUUCGUGGAAUCUGACAGGUCCGAUAGCGAGGCAAACAUUGUCAAAUUGAAUGCCACAUCGUUUACACUAGAUGAAUUAAAACGCUGGACCACCUACAGGAUCUGGGUCCUGGCUGGUACGUCCGUCGGAGAUGGUCCCAGCUCGUAUCCCAUUACGGUGCGAACCCACGAAGAUGUGCCUGGAGAUCCACAAGAUGUCAAAGUGACACCUAUAGAUUCAACCACUAUUAAAGUUAACUGGAAACCACCACAAACUAGGGAUAGGAAUGGGAUUAUCUUGGGUUACCAUGUGCACGUCCAGGAAACAAAGGAAGAGGGAAAGAGUUUUUUCAAUGAACCCAUGAAAUAUGACGUUUUCGGUGAUUCCCUUUUGGAAUUGAAUAUAUCUGGACUUCAGCCCGAUACCAUGUACUCCAUUCAAGUGGCAGCUCUGACAAGAAAAGGAGAUGGCGAUCGUAGUACUCCAGUGAAUGUCCGUACUCCAGGUGGAGUACCAAAUAGACCUGCUUUAACACUCAAAAUUAUUGAACGGGAGCCGACAGUUACAAUUGAAUUGGAAUGGUCUAGACCUUCUCAGACAUACGGAGAAUUGAAAGGCUACAGAUUGAGAUACGGAGUGAAAGAGCAACUUUUGAAGGAUGUCCCUUUAAAAGGAACCCACACAAGUUAUAGGAUAAACGAUUUGGAAAGAGGUGUGGAUUAUGAAUUCCGUGUAGCAGGUCAAAACCACAUAGGCAUCGGACAAGAAGCUAUAAAAUACAUGAAAACCCCUGAGGGGCCUCCAACAGGUCCGCCAACUAACGUAACCUACCACUUUCAGACUCCAGAUGUCGUUUGCAUCUCCUGGAGUGGCCCAAGCCGAGAACAUCGCAACGGACAAAUUAUCAAAUACGAUAUACAGUUUCAUAAAAAGUCUGAUCAUAGCAAUAUAAUAAUCAGAAACGUAUCUAAUACAAAGGCAGUAUUUACCAAUUUAGAAGAGAACACUGAAUAUGUAUUCCAUAUCAAGGCUUAUACUAGCCAAGGUGCUGGCCCGAACAGUGAGAAGUACACUGUACAAACUGAAAGAGAUAUAGGUCGAGCCCCCAUGUCGGUAAAAGCGGUAGCUACCUCAGACUCUAGUGUUGAGGUUUGGUGGGAGCCAGUACCAUCUCGAAAUAAAGUUAUAGGUUAUAAGAUAUUUUACACGAUGACAGCUGUAGAAGACUUAGAUGAGUGGCAGCAGAAGAUAGUUGGGUUAACUGAGUCAGCCGAUUUAGUGAAUCUUGAAAAAUAUGCUCAAUACGCUAUAGCUGUGGCAGCUAGAAUGAAGACUGGACUCGGGCGAUUAUCCGAGAAAGAAUUAGUUAAAGUGAAGCCAGAGGACGUUCCGCUUAAUUUAAGAGCUCAUGAGGUAACCACUCAUUCGAUGACUCUCUCGUGGUCGCCUCCCAUUAGACUGAAUCCAAUCAAGUACAAAAUAUCCUUUGACGCUAUCAAAGAGUUCGUCGAUUCCCAGGGAAUCACACAGACGCAGAAUAUUCCUAGAGUCGAAAUUAAGUUAGAUGCAGACGUUAGAUCUCAUACAAUCAACGAACUGUCACCGUUUACAACGUACAACGUUAAUGUUAGCGCCAUACCAACUGAUAACUCUUAUCGCCCUCCAACGAAGAUUACUGUAACUACCCAGAUGGCAGCACCACAACCGAUGGUCAAACCAGAUUUUUACGGCGUGGUAAACGGCGAGGAAAUUCAUGUUAUUCUACCUCAAGCUUCGGAGGAAUAUGGUCCAAUUAGCCAUUAUUUUUUAGUUGUAGUUCCCGAAAACAAAAUGACAAUCCAGAAAAAUCCCGACCAAUUUUUAACGGACGAAUUAAUAGCUAAUAUCGAAAAGAUACCCGACAACUCAGAUCUUCCGUACAUAGCAGCAAAGUUUCCUCAAAGAAACAUCCCCUACACUUAUCACUUAGGCACGGGGGAAAGCAACGAUGGUUACGUUAACUAUAAACUAGAACACGGAAAACGGUAUAGGAUAUUUGUACGGGCGGUCGUAGAUACACCUCAGAAACAUCUGUAUACUAGCAGUCCCUUCUCGGAAUUUUUGUCCUUGGACAUGAGGGAAGUUCCACCUGGCGAUCCUCCAAGAAGACCUAAUCCAAACACUCCCACUGAUAAUGAUGUCAAAGUUAGUUCCCAGGAGAAGGAAGCCGAGGUAUUCAAAAUCAUUGGUCCCAUUAUAGCAGCUCUACUUCUGUCUGUGAUUCUUGUGAUAUUAUUCAUACUACGAAAACGAAGGCAGCCAUGCAAAACUCCCGAUCAGACAGCAGUGACUCGGCCGCUCAUCCAGCCCGAUCUGAAUGCCAGUAUCGCUCCCAGUGAUCCGGUGGAGAUGCGCAGGUUGAACUUCCAAACACCGGCUAUGAUAUCUCAUCCUCCUAUUCCGAUCUCCGAACUAGCUAAUCAUAUAGAAAGACUGAAAGGAAACGACAAUCUGAAGUUUUCACAGGAGUAUGAGAGCAUAGAGCCUGGACAGCAGUUUACUUGGGAUCAUUCUAAUAUGGAAGUGAACAAACCGAAAAAUAGAUACGCCAACGUCAUUGCCUACGAUCACAGUCGAGUUAUAUUACCUAGUGAGGGAGGCGUGUUAGGUACCGACUACAUCAACGCCAACUACUGCGAUGGUUACAGAAAGCACAACGCCUACGUAGCCACCCAGGGUCCUCUUCCAGAAACCUUCGCCGAUUUCUGGCGAAUGUGUUGGGAACUGAAGUCUGCAACUAUCGUGAUGAUGACUAAACUCGAGGAACGCACACGAAUCAAAUGCGAUCAGUACUGGCCUACGCGCGGUACCGAAACCUACGGCAGCAUGAAUGUAACAGUAACGGAAGUCCACGAAUUGGCAACGUACUGCAUCAGGACCUUCCAGAUACACAAAGAAGGUUAUAGCGAGAGGAGGGAGUUGAAGCAGCUGCAGUUUACGGCUUGGCCCGAUCAUGGAGUACCGGAUCAUCCGGCACCUUUCUUGCAGUUUUUGAGACGAGUUAGGGCUUUGAAUCCCAUGGAUGCUGGGCCGAUUGUUGUUCAUUGUUCGGCUGGAGUAGGCAGGACAGGUUGUUUUAUUGUUAUUGACUCGAUGUUGGAACGCAUACGUCACGAAAAAACGGUAGAUAUAUACGGCCACGUUACUUGCUUGCGCGCACAACGCAACUACAUGGUUCAGACCGAAGACCAGUACAUCUUUAUUCACGACUCACUGCUGGAGGCCUACAUUUGCGGCCUGACUGAAGUUCCCGCCAGAAAUCUGCACUCACAUAUCCAGAAAUUGAUGCAGCUCGAACCCGGAGAAAACAUAUCGGGCAUGGAACACGAAUUUAAGAAAUUGAGUAAUAUUAAGACUGAUUCUUCACGUUUCGCUACUGCUAAUUUGCCUUGCAACAAACACAAAAACCGUUUGGUACAUAUCUUGCCCUUCGAGACCACCAGGGUGUGUCUUACACCGUUGAGAAACAUCGAAAGUUCGGAUUAUAUCAAUGCGAGCUUCAUAGACGGCUACAGGUAUAGGAAGGCUUACAUCGCCACCCAAGGACCGAUGUCUGAUACUACCGAUGAUCUCUGGAGGAUGCUGUGGGAGCACAAUUCUACUAUUGUUGUAAUGUUAACUAAACUUAAGGAAAUGGGAAGGGAAAAAUGCCAUCAGUACUGGCCCAGUGAACGAUCCGUGCGAUAUCAGUGCUUCGUUGUAGAUCCAAUCGCGGAAUACAACAUGCCGCAGUAUAUUUUGAGAGAAUUUAAAGUGACUGACGCACGAGACGGCUCGUCUAGAACAAUACGACAGUUCCAGUUUACCGACUGGCCAGAACAGGGUGUUCCUAAAUCUGGAGAAGGAUUCAUAGAUUUUAUUGGACAGGUCCACAAAACUAAGGAGCAGUUUGGACAGGAUGGACCUAUCACUGUGCACUGCAGUGCUGGAGUUGGUAGAACUGGUGUGUUUAUCACACUAAGUAUUGUGUUGGAGAGAAUGCAAUAUGAAGGAGUUGUUGACGUGUUCCAGACCGCUAGAAUAUUGAGAACUCAACGGCCUGCAAUGGUCCAAACUGAGGAUCAGUACCAGUUUUGCUACAGAGCCGCACUGGAGUACCUCGGCUCUUUCGAUCACUACACUAACUAAUCAAUACUCAUAAGAAAGAAUUAAUUUUGAAUCGUAUUUAUGCAUAUUGCAUAUUUUUACUGCCAAACAGGAUAUUAAACAAACAAAAAAAAGGAGAAAAAUUUAGCGCUCUAUUUAAACAAGUGAUUAGUGAACAAACCUUAGAAACUAGCAGCAAAAUGUGUGUAAAAUAUGUGCCUAAUGUAUAUGUGGAAAAAAGAAAUGUCAGAAAUGUAUAUUUAUUUUGAUCAUAUGAAGAUGUCUAGCAAAAAUGUCCUUGUAAAAAAAUGUGGCUCGCGGUUACGCUUUUGGGUUUGAAUAUACUACAUAACGUGUAAUUAGGUACUUGAACAUAGCGACGGGCAUUAUCCUUUCGUAUCGAAUAGGAACAGCCGCAUUAAGAGUUAAAAUAACUGGGAUGGGACCGGAUUGACAGGAGAAGAUAUUCAAUUGUAAUUGGACUUUGUAAUAAUACUGUAUCGUUGCUAUUAGCAGUAGAUUUCUUUAAAGUUGAUUAAAAAAAUUGCAAAAAUACUGUUUUCCAAAAUGUAUUAACCAUAUUCAUGAUAACUAUUUCCAGGACGAUGUAUUUCGGUAGAACAUUUCGUAGUUUUUGGCUCACUUUCAACAAUAUAACGUAUUAGUAUACUCGGUUCGCUCAGCUUGAGAAUAUUUUGACACAUUCAUUGUCAGAAACAUGCAACAUAAAAAUUCCUACCUCUCACUAUUAAUAGACCAAAUAAACUUAUUGUGGCAGUCUAAUUCAUUGAAAAAAAAAAGCAUAAGCAUGAAUAAUGGGAGUGUGUUUUCAUUAAAAACUUUUUAUAUGCAAUUAGUAAUCUAUAAACGACUAUAAAAUUUCAAAAAUAUAUAUUUAAAAUGUUGUUUUAAGUAAUGCAGUUUAAUUUUGUUCAUAAACGUCAUGUGAAUAAGUUUUUUACUUUAAGUUACAAUAAUUAAUAUUGUCUAUGAGCAUGUCUUCUUGGUUUCAUAAUAAUUUCGAGUUGAUCAUAAUUUCAAUACCGUCGUAAAAAAAUAGUUUCUAUCAGCGAACCGAGUAGAAUGAAUAUUGUUCAAUAGCCCCACAUAGUGGAAAUCGCAGAAUAGCAUAUCCUCGCAUACCCGUACCCCGCUUUUAUUAUAACUCCAUGGUGCCGUUAUUUCUCCAUAUCUAACUGUACUGUAGUCUAUAUCGCGAUUCUAUAAUAACCACAUCACAGCCAUAUCGUGCAUCCGUAUCUUUAUAUUAAAACCCCGUUGUGCCCUUCAUUCCUAUCGCAAUUUCAUCGUACCAUUAUAUUGCCUAUAUAACAAUCUUAUUCUAACCUUAUCUCCCUUCUUUUUUGCACGGACGCCUCAUCGGAGAGAUAGAUGGACUCUAAAUGAAAUGUUAGGUUUGGAUUUUGUUAACUGCGCAGGCUCUGUAGUAGAGGAUAUAAAAUGAUGAUUUAAAUAAUAUGAACUUGCAGAUUGGUUUUCCUUAUCUUUCUCGUGCUUCCGCCAUACUAGAUAUCGCCAAAUGUUUGUUUGGACAUUAAGUACAGCUUAUACACACAGUGGAACACAUAGUAUACAGCCGACAUAUUUAGUGGAACACAUUUGUAUUGGAUCAGUAAAAAAUAUGUUUGUUUUUAGGUUAAAUAUUUAUUUACUGUUAUUUUGCCUGCUUGUAAUUUUCAGAUUCCUUUUAAAAUACGACUGACUGUAUAAAACAAUACCGAUCAUAAGUAAUAUUUGCUAGUAUGCUCCUUUGUGUGUUUUUAAAGAUGCUCUCUGUUUGCCCAAUAUAAUUUUUAUGGAAUUUUCUGACUCUGCAAACAACUAUUCCUUAUUUGUGCGUUCUUAUUUAUUUGCUUAAAUUGUUGUUCAUAUAAACCUUAUUACUUUUGACUCUCUUAUGUAUUGAGAUGCAUUUGCUAUAUACAACCCAUAUUAUAUAAGAGACGAUUGAAGUUUGAAAGCACGUCACCAAAUACAGGGUGUUUCAUUAAUAAUUGUCCAUAUAGUAACUGGAGAAACCUUAGCACAAAAUACGAAGAUUUAACCUAAAACUCUUAAAUAAAAUGUGGUUCCUUACUGAGUUACAGGGUGUUUGAUUUAAAAAUUUAAAAACUAUUUUUGCUCAGCAUUUUAAAACUAUUCGACGUAUCCUUUUCAUACGUGGCAGGAAGUGCGACUACUAGACACCCUACUAAAUUAUGAUAAACAAACGUUUCUGGCUAUUACCAGAGGCGUACUACGGGGGAAAGUGAAUGGUUGACCCUUUCCAAAUUCUACGCCACUGGCGGAAUUCCUAUUUUAGUUCAAUUAUUGGAUUCUCCAAUACUUUCUAUGAAAAUAAUAUACUCUUCAUUCGUAACGAUAAAGUCAUUAGUUUUCGAGAUCUUUGAACUUAAAAAUGAAACGACACAGUUAUUUUGAUUAAGGGAUUGUGUCGCUUCAUUUUUAAUUUCAAAUAUCUCGAAAACUAAUCAUUUUAUCGUUUCGAAUGAAGAGUAUAUAAUUUACAUAAAAAGUACUGGAAAAUAAAAAAAUUACACUAAAAUAGCAAUUUCGUCAGUGGCGUAGAAUUUGGGAAGGGUCAACCAGCCACUAUCCCCUGUCGUACGCCUCUGGUAGUAGCUAGAAACGUUUAUUUAUCUUAAUUUAGUAGAGUGUACAGUACCUACACUUUCUGCCAAGUAUGAUAAGGAUACGCCAAAUAGUUUUAAAGUACUGGGUACAAAUAAUUUUUAAAUUUUGAUCAUAUGAAUCAUAUCAUAAAUUUUAAUCAAAAUAACUGUGCCGUUUCAUAUUUAACUUCAAAUAUCUGGAAAACGAAUGACUUUAUCGUUACCAAUGAAGAGUAUAUUAUUUACGUAGAAAGUAUUGGAGAAUCUAAAAACGGCACUAAAAUAGUAAUUCCUCCAGUGGCGUAGAAUUUGAGAAGGGUCAACCAUUCACUAUCCCCUGUCGUACGCCUCUGGUAGUAGCUAGAAACGUUUGUUUAUCAUCAUUUAGUAGGAUGUAUAGUAGUCGCACUUUCUGCCAAGUAUGAAAAGGAUACGUUGAAUAGUUCUAAAAUGCUGAGCAAAAAUAGUUUUUAAAUUUUUAGAUAAAACACCUUGUAACUCAGUAAGGGACCACAUUUUAUUUAAGUGUUUUAGGUUAAAUCUUCGUAUUUUGUGCUAAGGUUUCUCCAGUUACUAUAUGGACAAUUAUUAAUGAAACACCCUGUAUUACUAAAGCCUGGAAGGUAAUAAAAAACGAAUCGAUGCAGUGCAGUUCCAAAGUAUUAUUACAAAGUCCGCCGAGAAAGUGCAUUAAGUAAAUAUUAAAACUAAAUUUUACAAUACUGUUGUAAAUUGUUAAAUAAUAAUAAUAAUAACUAGUUAAACAUUUAAAGUUAAUAUAAUAAUCUUGAAUUAGAUAUAAUGUUAAUAGGCUAUACACUAGUAGUUGAAUAUAGAAGAGUUUAUAUUUUCAUGAAAGUUUCAAAAAUCACGUUCGUGUGAAUUGCCCUUUAUAUUAUUGUUAGAGAUGGGACGAGUCGUUUAAUAAUUUUCAAGUAUUGCAAUUGAAACUUUAAUAGCAGUGACUUGGAAAUCAGGUAACCAAUUAUGCGUUAUAAAAAAGUUACGAAAGUGAAUGAUCCUGCCCUAUGAACAGUGCUUUGUGGGCCACUUUACAUUGUUUCAGUUGAAGUUAGUGGUAUUGGAAACAUACAUUACAUGGCUGCCAAUAAUUGUAGGUUUAAAGAAAUCAGGGAGUGUUAAUCAUUUAGAAUAAUAUAAAAUUAAGCUAAAUGCAUAACUACCUUUAUUUCAAUGAAUUCUGGAAAAAGAAAAUAUCUCAGAAAAAUACACUCACCGGCAAAAUUAACCGCCUACCUUAAAAAUGGGCCAUUUUUGAUGUCUCGUAUUUCGUAAACCUGUUGUCUGAUUUAAAUGGUUAAGACACCAAAUUUCAUUUGUAUAUUAUAUCAACAGGGUUUAGAGCAAAAAAUAAAUCGUCAGUUUGUAAGAAAAAUUUCAAGACCCCUGCCUCGGAAACGAAGCAUUUGCAGACAUACGUUUAUAAAGCAAACAGUCAUUAUUUUUUUAUGCAGAAUUACCCCUUAAAGUUUGCCAUACUUAUUUAAAAACACUCUGUAUUAAUAAAAAAAGUUGUUAAAGUAUCAAAAUUUUUUAUGGUCCAACAUAAGCGAAUAAAUCAAAAAACAGAACGUUGGGAAAAUAUGAGGCUAUAGUUUUAAUAGUGUUUUAAUUUCAGUGUUUUAUAAAAAAUGCUAGAAUAAUCCACAGAGUGAUACGAACUUUGAGAAAAAAAACACAGUUUGAUUGGUACACCCGGUAUACAAUGCAAAUUUGCAUAUUUAGCAACAAUAUUAUUACAGCGAUAUUGUUAAAGAAUAAGACUAAUUAAAAAAAUCACUUAAAUCGGACAACAGGUUUAGGAAAUUCGAGACAUCAAAAAUGACACAUUUUUAGGUGUGCGUUUAAUUUUACCGGUGAGGGUAUUCAGAUGAAGAAUUGGAGAUUGUUAAUUUUUUUAGAGGUUCGACUCUUUAUUUAUACGUCCAUGGGUUCGACUAACUGAGCCAGAUAAAAAACGUGUUUAUUACUACCAAAAAUAGUAAGGUGUGAGAAAUAGAAAAGAACAAAAUGUAGGAAUAUCAGAAAUGUAUGCUAUAUCGAAACAAAUUCAAUAUAGCAAUGUCCCAAUGUAAAUUUUUUACCAAUUACAAUUUUUACGAGAUAUACUGAAAAACUAACGCUUAUAAACUGUCUCUAGUUAUUAGACUGCUUGCGACUUUUGAAAAUUUCAUGAUUAGUUUAAAUAUCGGCUCUUGUCAAUCCGACUUGAUCCUAUAAAUGCUAAGAAAUAUUCAUCUAUUAAAUAUAAAAUUGACAUCCGCUUAUUUUCUGUCAUUUCUUAUAAAGAAACCCUUAAUUCUCACUAUUUUACAGUUUUGAUAACGUCUUUUCAUUAACGGUUUCUUUUCGGUUCGUCACACAAAUUAGAGGUAUAGAAAACGAGGCAUAAGGCAUGUAAAUAUAUAGUGCAUUUAUCCAUUUUGAAACCUAGUUUUACUGUAAAGUAUAAAUUUUGUAUGAUUUUUUUUUUAAUUGAGUGACACUUAUAUUUUGUCGAAAACUGAUGAGGAAAAUAAGAGUAAAGGUGUCAUUAAUUCGACUGCUAUGUGAUGGAUUUUCUGUAUUACAAUCAACAUUAGUUUGUCUAGCUGUUAUUACUCUCAUACAGAUAAGAAAUUAUAUUUUAGUUUGUGGGUUUAACACUAAAAGUAGAUGCAUAACUAUAGUCAGAGAACAAAAUAGUUGUUUCUACGCACUACUACACUUCGCUACACUAUUCAUUGAGACUGAAUUCGAAAUGAGAGGUGGAGCAGUCUUCAGGAGGUGCUUUUGGUACAAUACCUCAGGUUUCUGAGUUCCCAGGUUCUAUUACCUACUUAAGUUUGGGGCGUGCCAAACCAUUGGCAGAUUUAUCAGACCGAUUUUUUCCUGCACUUUUCGCAGGAGGAUUCGCUAUGUUUGAGAUAAUCUAGCAUCAUGAAAUAUCUCCUUUAUUGGGAGACUCUGGACUUUUUCGAUCUCAAUUCACUGUCAGAUGAUUCGAACUCGACUUGCGAACCAAAUUUUGAUUUAUAACUUGUAUGAUUAUAACAGCAAAUCUACUAUAAUGUAAAUUAAAGCUGGAGGGUCAGAUAAUAGAACAAGCGAUGGGAGUUUAAAUAUCUAGGCAUCACACUAUCUAGCUAUGGAAAGCUCGAAACAGAAGUGGAAGAUCAAGUGAAUUGAGUAAACAGCGAGCCGCAGGUAGCCCGAAUGAAACAAUAUGGAGAUAUAAAAAUCAUCAUCUAAACAAUUUACGUCCACUGCUGGACAUAAGUCUCACCCAAUUGUUUCCACACUUCACGGUUUUGUGCUGAUUGUUGCCAGUUUUUACUAAUCCGCCUGAUAUCAUCUGUCCAUCGUGUAGGCGGCCUUCCUCUACUGCGUUUAUCUUCUCUUGGUAUCCAUUCCAUCAGCUUUGCUUUCGUGUCCAUCUUGAAUAUUUCAGCCUGGCGACGUGUCCUGGCUAGUUCCAUUUGAGCCUAGUGAUACGUUCUAUAACAUAUGUGAUACCGGUUCUUUGUCUGAGAUCUUCAUUUCUUAUUUUAUUCCAUAGGGUUACAUCAGUAUGGCUCUUUCCAUGCGCCUUUGAGCAACCCGCAUUUUCGACGCUGUUGUCUAGGUUGUCGAUAUAAAAAUAUCGGAAAAGAAAUGAAAGGAAGAAUUUACAAAACACUCAUCAGAACAAUAAUGACAUAUGCGGCAGAAACACAACCUGACAGAGAGGACAAAAACAAUGCUAGAAAAAGUAGAGAUGAAAACCCUUUGAAAAUCGAUGGUAAGGCACUAUGGGAUAGAGCUAGAAGUACAGAUAUAAGACAGAUAUGCAAGCUGCGGAACUUUCAUAACUGGGUAAGAAACAGUAGAGUGGAAUGGAACGACCACAUAAACCAAUUUUUUUUUAUUAUCUCCCUUUAUUGACAAUCAGAUAUAAAACAAACAAAAAGUCAAUUUGUUGGUCUUACAUUAAAUUAUAUUAUUGUAAAUGUGGUGACGUGGAGAGGUAAACAUCCAGCGAUGUUUCCUCAGUUACCUCUUAGGUCGGAGGGCCAGCUUCUUCUGAGUCUUCUAUUGUCGACAGGUUGCAGUAGUGGAUGAAGUAGUGGAUUAGGAUGGUCUUCGAGUUUGUUGUGGUGUUUUCUGUUGUUUUCUCGGAUGACUUCGGUUACAUAUGGAAUUUUAAGAUCUGUGUGUAGAGUUUGGUUUGAUACAUACCAUGGUGCAUUAACUAUUGCUCGAAGUAUCUUGGAUUGCGCUCUCUGGAUAAUCACAGUAUUGGAUUUGCUAGCACAGCCCCACAGUUUAAUGCCAUAAGUCCAGAUUGGCUUUAUCACUGCUUUAUAUAUUAGCAAUUUGUUUUCUAUUGAAAGGUGGGAUUUUCUUCCAAUGAGCCAGUAAAGUUCUUUGGUUUUUAGGUCAAGUUGCAUUCUUUUCUUUGUUAUAUGGUGUUUCCAGUUGAGUUUAUUGUCAAAGUGUAGCCCUAGAUAUUUGACUUGAUUACUUUGUGGUAUUUUUAUUUGAUUGGUUACUGGUGGGCAGGCUCCAGUCCGGAGAGUGAAUGUUAUAUGGGAUGAUUUUGUUUCGUUUACCUUAAACUUCCACUUCUUCAGCCAUAUUUCGAGUGAGUUUAGAUGCUCUUGGAGAUUUUGUGUUGCUGCAAUAGGAUCGUCAUGCUUGGCAAAAAUAGCAGUGUCGUCUGCAAAACAUAAACCAAAUGACAACAAAUAGAGUAGUAGUAAAGUAGUAAGGCGACAGACGGUUCCUAAAUAGGAAGACGAUCAGUGGGAAGACCACGAAAACGAUGGAAUGACAAUUUGAUGGAGGCACAUUGAAAAAACAGACAGAGUCGUGUCUCUACACAAAAAAAAGAACUUGUAUAAUAUAUCACGUUUAUUAAAAAAGAUGUUAUAUUUUUUCCAGUUCCUCUCAGUACAUACACUACAAAAUAAAAAUAUAAAAAUAUUAGGAAGAAGAAGAACAAAAGAAAAAUAUAAACUAUAUCAACAAUGCAUUCAAUUUAUUGUAAUACAGAUACGAAAACGAAUCGUUAAAAUUAUUUUGUUUCAUCUACGCUCUCGUCAAACGUCGAACUCUACAAUCCUGGUCAUCCUUAUUUAUUGCGGAACAGAUCAAAUACAUUUGCCGCCUCGAAGAGGGGUGGCAGAUGAGACAAUUCACUUGGCAACACCUCUUUUUAAUCAGGCGAACGUCUUACCUGUCACUUGGUUAUGGGAAAUUUAUACAUAUCGCUGCUCUUUCUUUAAACUCCCAUCAAGAAGUCCUGGUCUUUUGAUAUUAGCAGUAGCUUUCUUAUAGGGAGUUUAAAGAUUUCUUUUGGCUUAGUACUUAUUUUAUCCGUGUAUACCUGCCUCAUGACACUAAUUCACAUAUAAGGCAAUUUCUUCCUUUUCAAAUUUCUUGUACGAUGCAUGGACAAAGUACCACUCACACUCUUGGCUUCGUAUAACCCCGUAUUCAUUCGACAAGAGUAUGGACAAAGAAUAUUGACCUUAUUGGUCUAACGUUUUCGAGAAAUCAUUUUAAGACGGCUGAUUCUUUCAUAUGUUGUUCCCUAUGCUUCCUCGAACACCGUACCGGCCAUCUGGCUGCUGAUACAAGUUGCGUUCAUUACUGCGCAGCACACCUGUACAGGUAAACACAAAAUCAGGGUGAUUGAUUAAUGUGAAAAAGCUUAGUAGAUCCGCUAUAGUAAUAGAUAGCAAUAAAAGUUAAUAACAAAAAUUGUAGCUAACUUUGCGCUUCACAUUACAAAAUUAGUUAGAAUUUUACAAUAACAUAGUGGCAGACCAAACUUUUGUUUUUUUAAAUGGAAUACCCCAUAUUUUAUUUUAUAUUCGAAAUCUUCUUAACUUCCCCAUCACAAAAAUAUAAAGGUUUAUGUUAUACAGGGUAUUUACAAAGUAUCUAUGAAAUCUUCUAUGAAAUGUUCUAUGAAAAUCGUAAUAAGUUUAGCUCCCUGUAUAAAUAAAAAUAAGCACAACAACAAUGGUUUAUUGGUGCCAUAUAUUUUUGUUGAUUGUCAAAAUUUAUAAAAAUGGUUGAUAUUGCUAAUUUUCUUUAUACGAAUACAGGGUGAGUUAAAACGCAAGUACAUUAUUUUCACAGUAAUUUUAAAUAGAACACCCUAAUUAAUAACUUACUCACGAAAAACGAAAAUAUCUCGAAAACUGACAAAUUUAGGCAUAGGGAAUAUGAUACAAAAAUUAAAGUACGGUAAUGAUAUUUUUCGAUAGUAAUAUAAAAUACAGGGUGUUCCAUUUAAAAUUUCUGAGAAAAGAAUGUACUUGCGUUUUGACUCACCCUGUAUUCGAUAUAAGGAAAAUUAGCGAUAUCAACAAUUCUUAAAAAAUUUCACAAUCAACAAAAAAAUAUGGCACCAAUAAACCAUCGCUGUUGUGCUUUUUUUAUUUAUACAGGGAGCUGAACUUGUUACGAUUUUCAUAAAAAAUUGGUUAUAACUUUUUAAAAGCCCUAUAUAACAUAACAAACUUUUAUAUUUUUAUGAUGGGGAAGUUAAGAGGAUUUCGAAUAUAAAAUAAAAUAUAGGGUGUUCCAUUUAAAAAAACAUAAGUUUGGUCUGCCACUAUGUUAUCGAACACCCUGUAACAAUCUAACUAAUUUCGUAAUGUGAAGCUGAAAGUUGGCCACAAUUUUUAUUAUUAACUUUUAUUGCUAUCUAUUACAAUAGCGGAUCUACUGAGCUUUAUCACACUCAUCAAUCACCCUGUAUAUUGAAUUUAAAUUAUUUUAGGACGAAAAAUUUUUUUUGUGUAUACUUUUGAAACCACAGAAAUGUCUGGCAUUUACAGUUCAUAUAUUUCUAAUAAUGUUUAAAAAGUAAUGACAAAAAAAAUUUUCGUCUUACAAUAAUUUUAAAUUCGAUAUGUUUACCUGUACAAGUGUGCUGCGCAGUAAUGAACGCAACCUGUAUCAGUAGCCAGAUGGCCGGUAAGGUGUUCGAGGAAGCAUAGGGAACAAUGUAACCUGUAAUGUUUCAGCAUAGGAUUUUGUGCACCAACUGAGUUGGUGCAUGUGGCCUGACGAUGACUACGGUAUUUUCAAGGGACAAAUAAACGUGACCAUCUGUUCCAUUCAAACUCUUCUUCUAGGAGAGUAUAUACUGUUUGGUAUGGAUAUAGCACUAAUUUUAUGUAUCUAUCAUAUGUAAGAGAUUUAAUGACGCCGUUAGUUUUACUCCUAAAUUUAUAUUGAAAAGUUUGAACUUGAUAUUAGAAAUGAGUUCAAAAACAUAUCUAAAACUAUAGUCUGUCUGCUGAGGAAACUAUACGAUCCUUUUCGAAAUACAGUAUUUGAGGCUAGGAAAUGUAAUAUAUAGGGUAAAUAAAUAAUAAUUUCUGUUGAAGUUACCAUACUUUGAUAUGAGAUACAAUAAAUAGAGUUGUAUCAAACGUGGCAGCUAAGGAGCUGUAGAUAAAUACAGAAAAGCAAGAAGUAGAUUAAUAUCAAAGUGGUACUUUUACUAAACUAACAAAUAAUAAAAAUACAAAAGGAAGUUAAAAACAAACAAUAAUAUAGCAAGUUAAAAGUUUAAACUUAAUAUAAUCAAUACUUACCGAAUUAUUUUGUACGGUAUAUAUAGUAAGACUGAAUAAAACGUAAAAAUAAACUAAAUAAUAAAGGUUUUGAAAAGUUUAUAUUAUCGGAAGAUACAGGUUUGCGAAAACAUAUCUUUUAGUAAAAGCAAUAUGAAGAAGGCAGAAAAUAUCAACGUAUGUCAACGAUUUUUUGGAUUCGUUCGUUGAAUUCAAAAUUUUAUUUUACAAAAGUCAAUUAUUUGAUGUUUUCAUUAAGAUCUGUUAAUGUAAAGUCGUCAUAUUUAUAUUUCACAGUCAUUACACGUUUGUACUUAAAUAGAUCUCCAAGCUAAACAAAGAAUCAGUGUCAAGUGCGCCUAUCUGUAACUAUAAAUGUUUGCUACUCAUGGUUCUGCUACUAAAUACUAUGAACAAAACUUUGCAAGUCUACGCUAGUGAAAUGGAUUGAGUUCUGGGAGUAUUGUUGUCAUGUUAUCAAACUCUAGGUACUAUAAACUGUAUGCUGGAUCAUCUCAAAAACAUUGCCACGGAAUACUUUAUUAGAAAACACUGAAAACAUCGAGGAAAGUUGAGAAAACGCAAAGAUAACAUGAUUAACGCAGCAACAGAAUCACUUGGAUCGAUGAAAGUAACGAAUACCAAUAUGAAUAACCAAAACCCAUUGUUUAGAGAGGAAGUGAAGAUAACAUGUAAAGAAAAGAAGAAAGUUUUUUUACAGCACUGAACAAGACAAAUACAUCCGGCAUACAACAACUGUAAACGAAUCAGAAACAAACGAAUACUUUAGUCAGACAAAUAAAAAGGGAACACUGACAGAGCUUCUCAAACCAGAUGGAACAAGACUUCUACGGAACACAAAAGGAAAUAUGGAGAAUGAUCAGAGGAGAAAGAAAAGAGAUGAACGAACUAAUAAAAACGAAACACAUUCAGAAGAAAACAUGGACAGACUACUUAAAAUCUCGUAUUUGCAAAAGGUGACGAUAAUGAACGCCCAAAACACAUGAAGUGACAACAAACGAAGAAAUUAACAUUGAGAAAGAAGAGGUCAAGGAAGCAUUAAGGAAAAUAAAAAAAAAUAUAAAAUCACCAGGAGAGGACGCAAUAUCGAAUGAACUCCUAAAUUACAGAGCAAGAUCUGGCCAAACGACUAUUAAAACUACUCCAGAAAACAAUAUAACAAAACAGAAUACCACAAGAAUGGAGUUCAAGCAUCCUAAGACAUCUCUUCAAAAAGGGAGACAAAUCGGGCCCGGAGAAUUACAGGGAAUUAAUUUACUAAAGACAACAUUAAAAUUAACAACUAAAAUGAUACCAAACUGAAUGAAAUUAUAAUAGACGAACAACAAGAUUUUAGGUCGGGAAAAUCAUGCACCGACGCUAUAUUUAUAAUGAGGCAAGUUCAAGAGAAGUCAUUGGAAUAUAACAGACCGGCAUAUUUAUAUUUCCUUGGCCUUAGAAGACAUUUGACAGGGUCAAAUUAAAGAACGUUAACCAUUUAUUGUACGCAAGAGAGGUAGGUACCUCUAGGAAUUAUUAAUAACGGUCGAAAAUAUCUACCAGAACACAAUAAAAAUAAAAGUAGAAGACGAAGAACUGACCCGAUUGAAGCUGGCAAUGGUAUAAGACCGGGGGAUUCCCUGAGUCCUUGUUAUUUAAUGUGAUCAUGGAUGAAAUAGAAAAUAUAAGAACUAAAAAGGAUACCAAAUAGGAGACAAUCUGCUAUGCAGAUGAUGCAAUACUAAUCUCUGAAAGUGAAGAUGAUAACGUAGGCUGUAUUAAUUUAACGUAACCGCAAAAAAAUUUAUAUAACCUCCACAAAAGAUAAAAUGCAUACUUACAACAAUAAAUCUACUAAGAUGUGCGCUGCAUUAUAUUUAAAAUUCCGUGGAUGAUUUUAAGAACUCAACAAGUCCUACACCUUUUGGAUGAUCUCGUGAACGGUUGACGCCAUUAUCUUCAGUCGAAUUUUGCACGUGGACUAAGUGAGAUCCGAAGAAUCCGGUUGAAACCCGCAAGAAUUCUUUUAGUUUUUCUGCUCCAAAAAUUAAGACGCUAACUUCGUAGGUUUUUGCUUUGAGCUUACUAUUGAUUUAAAUCAUGUUGUUUUCCGUACAUUUUGGUGCAUCUGUUGGUUUAUAUGGUUUAGUACUUUGGUUUGUAACGACGUUUACUAUUUAAAGCGUAAAGGGUAAUGAAGUGGUACCAAUGAAGUGGUAAAUAAUAAAGUUACCAUUUUCCUCUCCAGAGGCCACAAAACUACACUAGAAAAUCUAUGAUUCUUACUUCUUAGAAAAUCUAUGAUACUAACGAAGAUUUACAAAAUAGAAAGGCAAAGUUUUACAACAUACUCUGUAUACAAUCAGAAAUGACGGCAAAAAAAUAAGGGAGACGAUAAGAGCUUUCGACAUUCAAGAUCGACUUCAAGAAAAAGACGAACGGGUUUAAUGAGCUACAAGUGUAGGCUCUGUCUGUUGAUGGUGGAAAAACUAUCAUGGUCGUUUAUUGCAUGAGUGCUGGAGGAAAUUAUAUUCCACUCAUGUUGAUCUAUCACGAGUUAAACCAGAAAUUAAAAUAAAAUAUCGAACAAUUGAAAAAUCUUACAAGCUCACCAAUGAAGAUAAAAUUGGAGAACGCCAAGGAAAAAAGAUGAUUAAGAGACGUGAAUCUCAAGAAAAAGGAGAAACAGAAAGCAGCAAGAACAGCAAUUGUUCAAAAAUUAUUUGUUAAAAAAUCACAAACAAAACAAGAAGAGAGUGCAAAAGGAGCUAACACCUGAGUAGUCUGAUGUAACAGACACUGAUUUGUAAGAUAUUAUCGAUGAAGACAAAUUAUAUGAUAUAAAAUUAAGUUUCAUUGUAUUUGCUUGAAAACAGAAAAGAACAAUAUUUGAAGAAUUUUAUAAAAACAUUAUUCAGUGCGCACCAUUUACCAAUCCGUGCGCAUGAUUACCCUUAAUGGAUGGGGAAUCGUGCGCAAAGGCACUUCUUUUCGUUUUUUAAUAUUCUGCUUUAGUACUUUGUAUUUCUCUAAAACCUAUUUUAAAUAUUAAAAGUAGAAUAAUUAGAGCUUACUGUAACAUACUAGCCGUUAUGGUAGAUUUAAAGAAUUUACAAAAGAAUGGAUUUCUGCUUAAGUGCGCACCAUUCCCCCACUCUCCCUUAAAUUAGAGCAGGAGGGUCAGAUAAUAGAACAAGUGAUGGAUUUUAAGUAUCUACGGAUCACACUAUCUAGCUACGGAAAACUCGAAAGAAAGGUGGAAGAUCAUGUGAAGAGAGGAAACAUAGCCACAGGUUGCCUGAAUGGAAUAAUAUGGAAAAGAGAAUGCUAGAAACAACAGAGAUGAAAACCCUUGGAAAAAUCCAUGGUAAGACACUAUGAGACAGAGCUAGAAGUACAGAUAUACGACGGAGAUGUAAGGUCGAGAACAUUAGUAACUGGGUGAAAAGCAGAAGAGUAGAAUGGAACGACCACAUAAGCCGAAUGACAAUAAAUAGAGUAGUAAGGACAGCAAGAGACGGUUCCCCAAUAGGAAGACGAUCAGUGGGAAGACCACGAAAACGAUUACACAACAACUUACUGGAGGCACAUUGAAAAAACAAAGAGUGAUGUCAGCACAAGAAGAAGAAAAAAUGAAAAAACAAUACAUAUCUACAAUAUUACAAUAAUAACAGAAAAACCUGCAUAGUGAUUUAUUAAACAAAUCUCUAAACCAAGAUGGAAUGAUUUGUGAGUUUAGACCUGUAAAUUUUUGCACACGGUAUUGCCGAUCGAACAAAACAUGAAGAAGUGUGAACAAAAUGUUCAUAUUAUUUGCGUACAUGCAUUGAUUCCUUUUUUAAGCUUAGAAAAUCGUGGUUGACAAAAAAACUAUCGUCUCUCUAUAAUGCCAGUAUACUUAUGACGAACUUACAUAACAAGCUCAAAUACAUGACGAUUACCAUUAAAUUCAUAACUUUUCUGAAAUACAAAAUAUAACUGUCACUCAUCUUUUCCUUAUUUAAAGGUUACAUGUGUACUUUUUCGUACGACCUGUCCUAGAAAUGUGCACUGAAUCUCAUUAAAUGGAAGUAGCGAAUACGUUUUAGUACUUUUCCCUUAAGUUAAUGUAAGGAUCGCUCAUGACGAGAGAAGAGCUAGAAUAUGUCUGCGCAGGAAAAUAUUCUAACAAAUUCAGUCCAUAGCAUAGUAAUUUUUUAUCAGCAGUAUUUUGUUCGAAAAUAUCGGUUGUCUCGUUUAGAAGUAAAAUCUUAAUAUUAUUAACUGGUAUUUUUGAAUAAAUGUUCCAAUAUUUUAAAAGACAACGGUACUGGAUUCCUAACUGGGCUUUUAGCAUGUAUCAAUUGGCCAAAGUUCUUAAAUAUUUGGAAUUUGAGUAUGUAUACAGUUUUUACACGUAAGCUAUAAGCCACACCAUAGUUAGUUCUCUAUACUAUUUGCUUUCACCAAUUGAGGGCUUUAUCCUCUUGAGUUUUGGUUUCAUAUCCCUGUUGUAAGUUAGAUGACCUCGGUGUUCACAUGUUGUAUUAGGUAUUGUCUCAGAAGCUUCUCAGUAUAUUUCUACUGAUGCAUCCAAGAAAUGCUAUGUCAACAGUGGUGUCAGUAUUUACUUGUAUAGUAAUAAAUUAUUACUAUAGGCAGUUGAAUUGUAGUCAUCGUUUUUUUGUCCAAUCAAUGAUUUAUUUAAUUGGUUCUGCACUUUACUUACAGCAUUCUCAUGAUCUUUAAUCUGUUUCUUCUUCUAAUAUCAGAAUAUCAUUAUCCAUCAAACAUAUGUUGUGUUUACUUGUUUCUUGUUGAUCUUCCAUUUUGUUUUCUCCCAUCUUGUUGAUCUGUUGUUUCUAGGUGUCUCCUAUUUUCACCACUCUCCACAGUUCUGAGCGUCUUGUUGCCAUUUCUUGGACAUUCGUUUAAUGUCGUCCAUCCAGCGUGUUGGUGGUCGUCCUCUGCUGCUUUGAUCUUCUCUUGGGCGCAACUCAAUUAGUUUUCUGGUCCGUAUUGAGUCUUCUAGUCUCACUACGUGGCCUGCCUAAUUCCAUUUCAGCUUGGCUAUGCGUUCGACGAUAUCAGUGAUACCAGUUUUUUUCCUCAGUUUUUAGUUCCUUAUUUUGUCUUUUUUUGUCACGCCGAAAAUCGAUCUUUCCAUGCGCCUGUGUCUUUCCAUGCACUCGCAUUUUUAGUGCCGUUGUUUUUGUGAGCGUGAAAGUUUCUACUCCGUAUGUCAUAAUAGGAAGAACGCAUUGGUCAAAUGUCUUCCCUUUCAUAUCGGGAUGUUGCUCUUAAAGAUGUCUCUUAGUGAACCAUACGCCGCCCAAGCAAGUGUUAUUCGUCGUUGAAAUUCACAGGUCUGAUUAUUGUUGCUUAUUCUGAUUUCAUGACCGAGAUAUGCGCUCUGCGCUUCGCUGGUGUCGCUCCUAGCGGAUUACUAAUGCAACUUUCACCGGUAAUUUUUAAAUUUAUUAUUUAAUUGUUAUCGCUUAAUAUUUACAACGCAAAAAAGUAAUUAAAUUGUAAUCGAUUUUUUAAAGAUUUUGCUAAUCAUUUUAACGUUCUAUUAAUGAAAUAUUAAUUUCUUACUUCGGAUACUUUUACAAUUAUCGUGUAGGUGGCACUUAGAUUAAUUUAUAAUUACAUAUUACGAAUUAUUAAAAAAAACUUAAAAUCAGUAUUUAAAACGUAAGUAUAUUUAAGGUAAAAAUAUACACCACAGCUUUGACCAACUAAUAUUAUUUCCUAUAUUAAUGUUUUUAAUUUCAAUACUUUAAAUUAAUCACUUUGACAUUUAUGUCAAAUUUCCAGUAAAAGCUUACGGAUUUGUCACUACUGGCACUCGUGAAUUUUUAAUUAUCCCCUCUACCUACGAGCUCAUAGCGUAUAUGUACUUUUCGGUAAAUUCGAUCACUUGAUUUUGAAUGGUUAGGUGUUCGCUGGGAACUAAAUUUAUCAUAAAUUUGCUCUUACUGAGGUUCAUUUUUAGACCAAUUGUUGAACAUACGUUUUCUAAUUCUUGUAGCAUUUAUUGUGCUUCACCCAGAUCUUCGGUGAUAAGUAUGUACUAUAUCGUCGGCAAAGCGCAGAUGAUUGAGCAUUUCCCUAUCUAUUUUUAUUCCUCCAUUUCCCAACUUAGCAUUUUAAAGGCGUAUUCGAGGGCCGUUAUAAAUAAUUUAGGCGAGAUAGUGUCGCCCUGUCUUACACCUCGCUUGAUAUGUAGUUCUCUGGUGGUAUCAUGUAGUUUUAGACGCAUUGUGGCAUUCUGGUAUGUUUGGUACUUAGUCUGAUAGACUAUUAUAGACUAUAGACUGAAGUCUAUUCUACUGUUGUUCAGAGUACUGUAUAAUACUGUCUAAUUCCACGAUGUCGAAUGCUUGGUGAAACUCUACGAAGAUAAGUACCAGUGAUCCGUUAUAUUCUAUCGACUUUUCUAUUAAGGUUUUGGUGCUUGUAGGUGAUCGUUUGUUCCGAAUUUUGAGCAGAAACCAACUUGUUCUCUGGACUAGUAGAAAUCCAACUUUUUUCUAGUCUUGUCGUUACUAUUCGGGUAAACAUUUUGCAGAACAAAACGUUCUCCUCAUUUUAUUUUUAAUUAUUUAUGGGAUUGGUGGAACUUUAAUGGAAAUUAAUGCUGAAUAAUAAACAUAAAACACAAGAGUGUUUUUUUUUUCUUUACAGAGUGGGGUCAACUUUCGUUGACAAUUUUCGCUGAAUCACCAGCGUCCUAUAAAGAAUGAUAAAGUGAAAUUUAAGUGUAAUUUUGUGUUAAAAUUGUCAAUUUUCUUUGUCAUAUGUGCUUACUUUGGAGUAGCGUUAAUGUUUCUAUUCUAUUUUGGACUGCUAAUUUAGUAAUCGUCAAUAAUAUCGAACUAUAUUGUUUAUUUUCUCGAUGUUUCUUCUAUAGUUGCCGUUUUUUUGGUAAUUGUGCAAGUAGAUUAUCAUCAAUCAAUGUACAAAAAAAAACAGAUUUCUCAUAAGCUUUCAACAACUUUAAAUGAAAAUCUUUUAGGAUAAAUCCUCCCAAAUGAAUUUUUUGAUGGAGCGCCAUAUAAUUUAAAUCAAUUUAAAACAUACAGGCUUAUUUUGAAACGCUGUAUAAAAAACUCUUUCUCUGAUGGUAUUCGUAGUUGGUAUUUAAUUAACAUUACCAACAUUAAUUUCUGUUGUAACAGUACCAUUUAUGAGUUAGAUCGAGAAGUUUUCGUCUAUCCUUCGUACGUAUCCUCAUCGUAUGUACUUCAUAUUAUUAGAAGAUUUCUUCAAAAAGAAACAAGUAUUUUUAAUACUCACUUACGUUUGUUGUAUUAUUCAUUUAAGAAAUAUGUUAUAUUUGUUAUAAUUUUAUAUUUUUAUUUUAUAACGAUAUUAUCGAAGUCCAGUUGGGAUUUUAGGACUAAUUAAUAAAACACAAAAUAUUGCAAUAUAUUAUAAUGAACGUCUUUUGUCGCAUGCAAUAUUAUGAAAUGCAUAUACUGUAUCCAUUGUGAUAUUUUUUAUUUUCGAUUAUUUUUAUCUAUUUUAUAUUUUACUAUCAUUUUUUUAGUGUCAAUUUUAAUCUAUUACAUAUUUUAAUGUCAUUUUAGUGUCAAUUUGAUUAUAUAUAUUUUUUAUGUGAAUAAAAUGAUUUUGUUUGAGUAAAAU